AUGGCGGCCGAGCCCUGGAACAACGAGGUCGACACUGGCUUCGAGAUCUACCUCGCCAGCGCCAACUUCACCGAGGGCACGCAGCCCCUUCUCAAGGACAUCCGCGCCAUCCCCGAUUUCGACUUCGCCGCCCGCCAAAAGCUCGACAACCAGAUGUACUCUUUCUACCGCACCGGCACCGCCGGCGAGUUCAGCUACCGCCACAACCUCGAUGUCUGGCAAAAGGUCCAGCUCCGCUCCAAGCACCUCAGCGACGUCACGAAGCUCAACGAGACCAUGGGCACCACCAUUCUGGGCUACAACUUCAGCGCCCCCGUCUUCAUCUCCCCGGCUGCCCGCGCCGUCUACGGAGACGAGGCUGCGGAGCUGAAUCUCGUCCGCGCCGCUGGCAACGAGAACAUCCUGUACAUCCCAUCCAUGUACGCCUCCAAGUCCAUCGAGGAGAUCGCCACCGGCAAGGUGAACGGCACCCUCAAUGGCCCCCAGGUCAUCUUCCAGCAGAUCUACACCAACGCCAACCUUUCUGUCACCUGGGACAACAUCCGCCGUGCCGAGCGCACCGGUGCCAAGGCCAUUGUCUGGACGAUCGAUGCCCCCGGUGACUCCGUCCGCCACCGCGCUGCACGUUAUGACACCACCAAUGCCAACUCUGUCUCUUCCGCCCUCACCUGGGACAUCUACGACCAGAUGAAGAACCACACCACCCUGCCCAUCAUCCUCAAGGGCAUCACCACCGCCGAGGAGGCUCUCCUUGCCGUCGAGAAGGCUCGACCACACCCCGGCCCUCUCGAGAUUGCCUACGAGAUCUACCGCAACGCCCCGGAGGUCUUUCAGAAGGUCGACGUCCUCGCCGACAGCGGUGUCCGCUACGGUAACGAUGUCCUCAAGCUGCUCGCCCUCGGCGUCAAGGCCGUCGGCAUGGGCCGUCCUUUCAUGUACGCCAACUGCUACGGUCUCGAGGGUGUCACCAAGGCCAUCAACAUUAUCAAGACUGAGAUCGUCCGCGAUGGUGCUCAGAUGGGCGUCACUGACGUCCACAACAUCAGCAUGAGCUUCCUCAACACCCGCCAGCUCGAGCAGAACGUCUACCUUUUCGACAAGCAGUAA